AUGCAGUCUGAGUCCAAGAGGCGUGAAGAAGAGAUGCCUUCUCUACACUGGGGACUGGAUCCUGUAUUUUCUGCAUUUGCAAGACUCUAUAUUAAAGAUAUAAAAGAAAUGAGAGAAUCUAAACAAGUGCCAGGUAUAUUCUUUUAUAACGGACAUCCAGUAAGACAGGUGGAUGUUGUCGGGAUAGUGGUCCAAAUGAAAGAGCGAGAUGCCUUUUAUAAUUAUGGAGUGGAUGAUAGUACUGGAGUUAUAAAUUGUGUCUGCUGGAAAAAUCCCGUGGUAGCAGAAACAUCUUUAUCAGGUUGUCCAAGCACACCCAGCAGUCUUACUGUGCUUGAACAGAUGAAGAAACUCCAAGAAAUGGUGAGCCAGAAAACCAAGCUGGAGAUCGGGGAUGUUGUCAGGGUCAGAGGUCACAUCCGAACCUACAGGCAACAAAGAGAAAUCCAGGCUUCAUGUUUUUAUAAAGUGGAUGAUCCUGUGUGCGAUGUUCAGAUUUCAAGAAUGCUGGAGCUCCCCUGUCUGUAUAGAGAAGUUUAUGAUAAACCUUUCCAUUGUAGUGGUCUGGAGGGUCAGAAUUUCUCAAUCAAUAUGCUGCAUGAGAAAGUGAAAGGCUUUCUAUUAGAAAACAAAAUUCAGACCUUUUACCAACAGGAGUUGGAAACGAUUGAUACUCUGGUGUCACUGGCUGGUGUGCAUCUACCCAGUCCCAGCUGUCAGGAGGUUAAGUCAAAAAAUGACUCCAGUUCCAAAAGGAUUCACAGUGUAUUUAAGGAAGCAAUAAGGAUGCUACAAGAAAAAGGGGUGGUUUUCCAGAAACCCAGUAGCUCCAGGGACUUAUACCAUGUGACUGACCAUGAUAAGGGGCUGCUUAAAGUGACCCUUGAUGUGAUUAAAGAAGACUGUCGAAAACCCAGGCAUGCUGAAAAAGGCUGCCAUUUCCUUCAUGUCCUGAGCUGUGUUCGGCAGAGCUACAACCCCUCUCUGGCUGAAGUGGUGAUGCACCGUGUCUUGGAACUGCUGGAGAGUAACAGUGAUGUUGUCAGCACUAUGGAAGGAUAUUAUAUGGCAUUUUAA